UUUUUUUCUUUUUUGUGUUUAUUAUGAGUCAAGAAUUUGACUUGGCUUCUUUAACAGAUCAAGAAAUACUUGGUUUGCUCGAUCAAGAGGAUCUACCUGAAGAACUUUAUGCACUUAUUACAGAAUACCAGCAUGCUUUAACAACCACCAACAAACAAUCUUUUCCAGUAGGAGACAAGUGUGCUAUCACAUUUUCCUUUGAGAAAUAUGUCCUCUUACUGCCUGCUAUUGUUCUAGACUACCAAGAAGAUAACACAGUGAUUCAAGUCAUGAUACUUACGCCGAUAACAACCGACACAGUGCCUUGCCAUGACUAUUUUGGUGCUCAACAGACAUGCAAAAGCAAUACAACAUCAUGUCCUUAUGAACAAUCGCAUGGCUACUCAUUGUCUACUGAACUUGUUGUGCCAUUUGAAGCACUUGGAACUGAAGAUCCAGACACAUUGACAGAGCAAUUACAGUAUGGCAAGCGUGUCUUGUGUAAAGAAAAGAAUCAAGAUAUCUGGAAAAUGGGAAACAUUAUUGAUCAACUCUAUGGCCCUCGCUGGCGUGUUCGACUGAAAGACAAAAAACGCAUUCAGGUUGAUAUGGAGCACAUUAUGCCUGUAAAGAGUGUGUUGGAUGAUCAAAGCAGCGACUCAAGUGAAGAAUGGAGUGAAUCAGAUCAAGAAGAAAGAGAGAAGCCCAAUGAUGAGUUUGGAGGUUGGCAAGCGCAUUCUACUGGCUUUGCUGCAAAAAUGAUGGCGAAAAUGGGAUAUGUUCAAGGGAAAGGACUAGGUGUAGAUGGAAGUGGUCGAGUCAAUCCAGUUCAAGUUCAACCAUACACAAUGGGAAAACCAAAGUUUCAUGGAAUAGACAAUAGUCGUCCUGGACUAGGUCUACAGAAUAAACCCAAACAGACAAAAAAGGAGGCCAAGAAAAAGCAACGAGAUCAACCCAUAGACAUGUUUGGAUUUAUGAACACUUUGUUAGACCAGCAAAAGAAACCUGCGCCUGAAUCCUCUGUAAAACCUAUCAACUUGAAAGACACUCGACAAACAAAUCAAACAAUUGCUAAACUUCGAGCCAAUGUAGAACAAGCACAAACAAACUAUAUUCAUGCUGGAGAAGCUUAUCGUAGGAAUAAAGGAUCACCCAUGGAGAAUCAAUUUCGAACAAGACUUAAAGAUGCAACUCAUCAGUACGAAAAUUUAAAGAAACAAUUGGAUCAACUAGAGACACAAGUAAAACGCACAAAAGAAAAGAAAGACAUGUAUACCUUUUAAAAUAAAAUAAAAU